AGACAAGAAACUGGUGAUCAGCGAUGCAUAGUCGUAUGCUUCAUCGCGAUCUAGACUGCUCAUAUUUUAGAGAACGAACAUUCCAGGUUUACAUGUUGUAGUAUAUGUUAGGUAGUUUCUGUUAUAUAAAGAGACAUCCGAGUUCCUAAGGAUUAGAUGCUCUUUUACUAUUUUUUUUUAUUAUCAUUAUUAUUUGAUAUACCAUCACUUACAAGAGACUUGGAAUUGACUUGACUCAAGUCACCACACAAUAUAACACAUCACGUCACAUCAUUACAAAAAACACUUACAAUAUUUCCUACCACAUUUUAAUAAUAAUAAAAUCCUAAUAAUAAUAAUAACUUGAAUCAACAUCUCCCCAACUAUGCCCAAUCAACCAAACAACAUUCGCGUCGACGUCGGCGUCGCCAAUUUAUCCUCCGUAGCCCCGGGCCCUACCAGCCCGCAGCACGAGAAAGAAGCCGCGCGCGCGAUAAGCAAGACCGACAGUUGGAAGCCGUCGUUGGGGCGCAAGCAGAGCUACUACAGCGAAGACCGGAAGCACGCUCUGCAGAUGAGCGGCGUGCAGGACGUCGAGGUGGGCCCGGGAUUCAGCGAGCGCUAGAAAUCGACCGGUUACCCCCUAUUACUACCUAGCUACCUACCUGGUACCUGCCCACCUUUUACCACACUCAUCACGGAACUGUACGGCCUAGGAAAGGGAAUAGAUUGAAUCAUGCUUAU